AUGGCGGGCCAACUGGGGUAUGGCGAGUUGAUUCGCAAGCAGUUUACACCACAAAAGUUGUUCUUUCAUAUCCUCUUCUGGACAUUUCAUUGGGGCAUCUUUGCUUAUGGAUGGUAUAAGCAGGCCGCGGACAUACGACUGGCUGGUCUGAACACUUUGAAGUUCUCUGUCUGGAUAUCUCGAGGCGCUGGCUUGGUGCUUAGUGUCGACGGAAUGCUCAUCCUCUUGCCUGUCUGCCGCACAAUUAUGCGCUGGCUCCGACCCAAGGUCCGCUUUCUUCCUCUUGACGAGAAUCUCUGGUUCCACAGACAACUGGCCUACGCAUUGCUUAUAUUUUCGACUUUCCACGUCGGUGCCCAUUACGUCAAUUUCUUCAACGUCGAAAAAACUCAGAUUCGUCCCGUCAGCGCUCUUCAGAUUCACUAUGCCCAGGCAGGUGGUAUUACGGGUCAUGUAAUGUUGCUGUGCAUGCUCCUCAUGUACACCACCGCCCAUUCCCGAAUCCGCCAGCAGUCAUUCGAAACUUUUUGGUACACGCACCAUCUCUUCAUUCCUUUUCUGUUGGCUCUGUAUACGCACACCGUCGGAUGCUUCGUGCGAGACUCAGUGGACGCCUUUUCGCCUUUUGCAGGUGACCCAUACUGGACUCACUGUAUCGGAUACCUAGGCUGGCGAUGGGAGCUGUGGACUGGUGGUCUCUAUUUGAUCGAGCGUCUGUACCGUGAAAUCCGUGCGCGCCGGGAGACCAAAAUCACCAGGGUUGUCCGCCACCCGUACGACGUUGUCGAAAUUCAAUUCAACAAGCCCUCAUUCAAAUACAAGGCCGGUCAGUGGCUCUUCCUCCAGGUCCCUUCAAUCUCAAAAUACCAGUGGCACCCAUUCACCAUUACAUCGUGCCCCUUUGAUCCCUAUGUUUCCGUCCACGUCAGACAAGUUGGAGACUUCACCCGCGCCUUGGGUGAUGCUACUGGAGCUGGUGGUGCUCAAGCUAAGCUGUAUGACGGAGUCGAUCCCAUGGGUAUGUACGAAGUUGCGCUGCAAAAUGGACAGCAAAUGCCUGGUCUUCGCAUCGACGGACCGUACGGAGCACCCGCAGAAGACGUGUUUGAGAACGAAAUCGCCGUGUUGAUUGGCACUGGUAUCGGCGUCACACCGUGGGCGGCCAUCCUCAAAAACAUCUGGCACCUUCGUAACUCUCCCAACCCGCCUACCCGACUUCGUCGCGUGGAAUUCAUCUGGGUUUGCAAGGACACCGGUUCCUUUGAGUGGUUCCAGACUUUACUUUCCUCCCUGGAGGAGCAGUCCAAUGAAGCUGCUCGCGUUCCUGGCAGCUCUGGAGUUGAAUUCCUCAAAAUCCACACCUAUCUUACUCAGAAGCUGGACAUGGACACGACACAAAAUAUUGUGCUCAACAGUGUCGGUGCUGAGAUGGAUCCUCUUACCGAACUCAAGUCAAGGACUCACUUUGGUCGUCCCGACUUUAAGAGACUCUUCACUACCAUGAGAGAUGGCAUUCUUGACAGGACAUAUCUCAACGGCUUAGAGGGAAGCAUGCGAACGACUGUUGGUGUCUAUUUCUGCGGUCCCUCCGCAGCUGCCCGUGAUAUCAAGUCGGCAUGCAAGGCUGCCACCGUUCGAGAAGUCAACUUUAGAUUCUGGAAGGAGCAUUUCUAA